ACAGCUGAUCUUGUGCUUAUAGUGAUUCAUAGACAACACUCGUCUUAUCCAGUCUUAUCGCUUAAUAAUAUAUAGCACAUCGGAUUUCACAAUUUUUUCGGCGACCGAUUACCAUUUCCUCGAGAACAGAUUGCAUAAAAUGUAUUGUAAACAAUGUAGUUAUGCCGGAAGACGUAUGACAAAUUGUUUUUCAAAUAUAAUAUCAAUAAAAACAUAAGGAGUCACAGGAAUAAUACAUUCUUCACACUUGUAAUUAUCACACUUGUAAUUAUCAAUAUGAAGGAGGAAGAAGACAAUAAUAGCUCUGAGUUAUCAGCUGUAAUUGGAGCUUUAUUGGACUCCUUAGACGAUAAAAAUCAAGAUGUUAAGCAAUCUGUGAUUGAAUCGCUUCAGAGGAUAAGCAAGAAGAAUCCAGACACGGUUAUCCAUGCUGCUAUAUACUUUUGGCAAAUGCAUAAAAGGAUAUCCACCGAUCAUAUGGCGUCUGUGUUGAACAUAAUAUCCGAUGCCUGUGAACACGCAGGUGAAAAUUUAAAUGCAGAUGUAGCAUCGUCUCUGGCUGAACUGGCGGUGAAUGAAUUAACAGCAGAAACUGAAAAUGAAGCGGCCGAGUUGUUGAUCAAACUUUGUAAAAUACAUUGUACACAAGCCACUGGUGGACUUUUAACCAAAUUGGACCCUGGAAUAAUACCUCAUCCUGCGAUAGUUUUGACAUUGGGAAAGCUUGCGGCAGUCAAUCCAUACGGAAUGCUGCCCUUUGUGAAAAUAACACUGACUAUUAUGCUACCGAUGUUAAAUCAUAUACGCGAAGAGGCCCUUAAACAGGCAAUUUGUUUUAUGAUCACCAAAUAUUGUGAGGCUAUAAAUGAUUACAUAAUGAAUACAGAAGAAGUGACUUCCGACGUUAACAAACAUACAUUCCAAGAAGAAGUUUGCACUGCCUUUGAUUUUCUGAUGCAGAAUUGGCUGAAAACGUCUCGCGAUCCUAAAACAACCGAAGCUAUUUUAACGACAUUGGCGCCUAUGAUAUCGUUGCUGCCUGAGCAGCAAGACAGCGAGAGAAUUGUAAAAUUAAUACCCGUAUGUUUAAAUCUUAGCAAGAAGCGAAAUGUACGUUUAGCUGCUGUGAGGAUUUUAGCGGUGCUUUUACAUUGCGUUCAGAAUGAAAAUGAUAAAGAGGCAAUCCGCCCAUCUAUGGAGCACAUACAUCAAACUUUAUCCGAAUUCGUCAGCGUUUGUCCCUUCGAAGCGACUCGGGAUGUACUUCUCACGCAUUACGAAGUGUUGCAAUGCUCUCGAUCAUUGGUCAUUUUAUACCCCGAAGAAGGUCUCGACAGAAUUUUACAACAGUUGAAAUCUCCAGUCGCCAAUCAACGCGCUCGUGCGCUGGUGGUCCUCAAGCACCUCAUAAACACUCUUCCAGAGGACGACGGGACAUUGCAAAGAAUCGCACUGAGCCUGCAGGAAUCUCUCGGAGAGUGCGGCGCGUUGCAAAUGAUCGGCGCCAUAGCGGCACUUGCAGCACGACCAACGUUUCCUCUUUUGCCGUCACAGAGAGCUAAAUUCGUUCAAUACAUGGUGUCACACUGUGAAACGAAGAAUGACGACAUGGAGGCGUGUUCCGAAGCUUUGUAUCUUCUCGCUACAACUGUCGAUGGCGUCGAGUCCUGGCUGUGGCCGUGUUUGAUAAGCGCACUGCUGGAUUCAUCUUGUGUAGCGUCUGUUCCAUCUGUGCUACGUUCGCUAACUCCGUUGGCGACGAAAAUAAUACGCAACGAAAAUUCCUCGACGAACGAGAGAAAUUUCCCUGGCACCAAAGUCUUGGGCAGAUGUCUGGAAUUGUUGAGCGAUCCGGUUAAUCGACUCCCAAUAGUGGCCUUUCUAAAAUCAGCAGCGCCUUUGAUAGGACAUCAGCUGAAACCUUGGUGGGACGAAAAGCUAUCGGAGCUUUCGCAGGAGUUUUCGCAAGACGAGCAGAGAAGCUCCCAAGAAGCUCCGAAGGAAAUUAAACAUUCCGCGCGACGAAAUCUGAUCUGGGAGCAAAAGACGGUGGAAUGGCUGGAGGAGAGCAUGAAAAUGGAAGGGGAACUGUGGGGCGCCAAGCUCGCGGACGAGCUUGCCUUGAAGGCGAGCACGCCGGGUGUAGCGUCGCUUUUGGCAUGCGUGUGCAGUAACAACGCUCACAUCACUCUUCUAGUCGAACUCGCGCGUUCCCACGGCACCGCCAAGGAAUACGCGCGAGCAGUCGGCAUCUGCGCCAAGCGUCACCUGAGCAUCGUGCUGAAAUUAAUGGAGGAGUUUUGCGCGGUCGAGGACGCGAGGAAGGUCCCCGUGAGACUGCUGGGUCUCGUGAGAGACGCGAAGGCCGCCGCUACCGCUGAAGCUGCGAAAGCGGGUCUGCUACAGUCCUAUGCCGAAAUCGCACAACGAGCGAAUCCAGAGAAGCUGUUCCCGGUGUUCGAGAAGCACGUAUUGUCGUGGACUAUCAGGCAAUUGAACGAAUGCAAAGAAUCGUCCACGAAAGAGGCGGGAUUGUCGGUUCUGGAACAGGCGGCCAAGGCUUUUCAUCCCACCAGAUUGCCGGAAUCCAAGGGUCUGCGCAUAAAGGCUACCGCUCUGUCCACUCUACUGGGAAUUAUGCAAUCGUCGACCGGAUAUAGACCGUUGCAACUCUACCCGGCGGUGUUGAAAGCAGCGAACUCUCUGAUAUGUAUACCGCCAACGCUGAAUCGUGAGGAAAGAGAGAUUUUCCUCGGCGCAGUGCUGGAUAAGACGAUCAGUGCCAGCUCGGAGAUCGUUUUGCAGUUGCACCCAGAAAUACUGCAAGAAGUCGUGGACGGAUUGGGAACGCUGUGCAGCGAAAUUGUGUCCGAUUCGGCGGAUGCGCUGGCUGAACUGAUCGACAUAUUGGUGCCUUGGAUGCAAUCGAAGUCGAAUGUAGAGAGAAAAACCACUCUGUUGGUGUUGCACACAACUCUCCAAUCCUACUAUAAAUCUUUGAAGUAUACAUAUCCAGGCGGCAAGUUUGAUGCCGGGAAAUUAGUAGGAAGGAUUUUGUGCUGGUGUGCGGACAGCGACUUCACACUGAGGCCAUUGGUGAUCGAUUGUGUGCUUCUCUCUCUGGAAAUAGCGGCCCGCCAUCGCGCUGUGAUACCCGAUAACGCCCUCGAUGAAGACGUGAUGCAGAUAAAGAAGGAAGUCUUGCUCGAAGACUCGUCCUACGCAGCCAUACAAAAACUGGCUAGUGCGGUGUCGCAAAAGAUUCCGAACGGAGAGAUAAUCAGCUUAGCGGAAGGAUUGAUAGAAGGCUUGCUGUUCUACAGAGAAGCCAGCAUGGUAGCGGGCUUGGCUCUGCAACAGCAUUUCAAAAUCAAAGGAUCGGAAGUGUCCAGAACCGACGUUUGUUUAGUCGAUAGUAUUAUUACGCAAACAAGACAAAUGGAAAAUUCCAGCUGCCUGCGCGUGGCAAUAAUGGCGAUAAUAGAGCUGAUGAGACACCAUCCGGAAGAAGUGAUCGAGCAUCUUCUGUCUCAGCCAUUGCCGCUGGAUCCCGGCACCAUGUUGUGCUGGAAGGAAAUCAGCAAGACGGACAGUCUUGGAUAUCGAGCAUUGGAAUUGUUGCUGAUAAAACUCGAAACCAACAAUCUGUUCGCCGAGAUCACGUCUUCGGAUUUCGGAAGGAACAAUAUCGCGUACCUCCCGUCCUUGGCGGUCAUCGUGGGCUUGAAACAUCUUCUCGAGUCACCGAGUGUCGACAAUUUGAUGAGCAAUCAAUUGCCGGAACUGUUAUCGGUUCUCCUCAAGUAUCUCGCCGGCUGGCUGCACGUCGAGGCCCCCUCGUCGAUGAUACACACCAAGUAUGGCUACGUGCCGAAUCGAGCGAUGCAGAAGAUAAAUCCGCACGCGGAAGUGUACUUCGUAUUGGUUCACGUGCUAACGGUCAUUCAGCCGAACGCUGCAUCCAACUUGCCGGAGGAGAGCGCAUUUUCCUCGGAAACGCAAGCCGAGGAGAGCGUGAUCUCGACCGUGCGAAUAUUGGUGAAGUGCAUGUCGACGAAAAACGAGGUCCUGUCGAGCAUCGCGCAGUCCUUGGGCAGACUAAUGACCAGCACGAUGCCUAUACAACGGGCGGUCGCCGCCACGUUCUACGCCGAGCUGAUCGGCAGGGUGGACUGCGGGGAUAUCUGGCUCGACGCUAUAAUUAAUAUUCUGCACGAAGCUAAAGCCGACUCGUCGCCCUUGAUACGAAGACUCGCCACCAUCGGACUUGCUAGGAUAGCUUAUUUGGAUCCGAGACAGACCGAGGAAUACUUCGACAAUUGCAUGGAUGCCUUACUCGAUGGUUUAGAAGAGCCUGCCAGCGGAAAAGGCGGCACUGAAGUAGCACUCGAAUCACUACGUGGCCUUUCGGUACUGUUGUCGGUUCCAUAUAAAAGAGCCAUCAGUCCGCGGGUGGUGUUAGCCUUAAAACCAUUCUUUGAGAAGGAGAACUGGGAGAUGAAGCUUGCUGCCAUAGAUGCUUUAGGCGCGAUAGCCAUUAAUUGGCAACGAUCGAUCACAGUGCCGAGCGAUGAUCUAAUCGAUCAUCUUCUGGGCUGUUUACCGUCUUUGAUAAUAAGACUAGAGGACUCGAACACGACGGUGGCUAAGACUGCACAGGAAACUUUAUGCAAGACCACGAGUGUUUUGCGGAGUGAGAAAUUGUCGCAUGUGAUACUUAAAAAUCUGGGACCAGAAGCGAAAUUCAAUUUCGAGGCUUUUUCGAAGGAUUUGAUCGACUGCUUGAAAGAGGUAGCGCCACAGAGAGUAGAGGAACUUAGAAAUGCUGUUGUCCGAGGCUACUCCAAAUCGGAGAAUUGUCACACCAGGGCCACAGCCGCGCUACUCUUAGGACUAUUCGGUUCCUCGAAGCCCGAGGAGAUACAAAGACUGUUGCAGCUUUUACAUGAUACGGAGAGUGUCGUAAGAAAACGCGCUUCGCAAUCCCUCUCGUUUUGCUUUACGCUUUAACCAAAGCAACGUUUUUCGAUAAUUCAUACUUUGACUAAAUAAGGGAAAGUCGCAUUUUAUUUUAGAAUUUAGAAAAAUCUUUGCAACUAGUUUUAUUCUUGUGAUAUUUUGUAAAAUGCAAUUAUUGUAAAAUGUGAUGUAAUUUAUCAUGAUCGAAUCCAAUGAAUUUACAUAUUGAUACAUUACAUAAUUAUACUUGCAAAAAUAUUGUUUUACAAUUAUAUAAUUUAUUGGAAUCAUGUAAAAAUAAACACAUCGCUCAAAAGUUUAAUGCAUCUUACAAUUUCUAAAUAAAUCAAUAUGUUUUUUUACAAAUAUUAUGUUGAAAAUGUCGACAUAGAAACUUGUUAACGUAUUUACUCGGAUAAAGUUUACAAAUUUUCUUUUCGCAAAAGAAUUUUCCUUCAUUCAAUUUAACUACCUGACCUAAUCUUGGCAUUCUCGCGAUUGUUUUAAUUUUAAACUCCAAUUAUCUCUUUAUAAAUAAAUAUCAAUAUUGUCAAUAAAAUAAUUACAUCUUUACAGAAUGCUCUAGACUUUUGA